AUGGAGACAUUUCUCAAAUUACCCAAGGAGAUAUUAUUGUUAAUCUUCAGUAACAUCAAAGAUGAAUCUACAAUCAAAAAGUUAUUAUAUAUUCCAGGUUUACAAUAUAUUGCUUUAGAACAAAAAUAUCCAAAAUAUGAAAUAAAUGAUGAUCAGAACAAGUCAAUUGAAGCAUUAAUAGAGCUUUUUCAACUAUUUAAGUUUAUACCAUCAUUAAUAAUUGGGAAUGUAAAACAAAUCAGUCAAUUAAUAAAUGAACCAAGUUUCAAACUAGUCAAUUAUGAAGUUAAGAUCUUAAAGGGUACUACAUUUACUGAUCUAAUCUCGAUUCUGAAAGAAGUUCAUAUAGUUGGUUUGCAUUUGGACCAAUAUUUAGAUCAUUGUCUUGAGAAUUUUAUAAACAAAAAAGUUAAACCAUUCCUAACUUUUGUUCAAAGUACCUUCUUACAAUCAUUGACAACAUCUCAUUUCGAUUUAUUUCCAAUACAAUUUCCAAAAUCCUUGAAGGAACUAACACUAGAUAAAGGUUAUAAAAUCAAAUUGGAUAUUAGUGAUUUACAUCAUCUCGAAUCAUUGAAGUGCAAAAAUCUCCACGAGAUGAGUUCAUUGGAUAAUAUUCAGCUUCCAUUGUCCAUCAAAAAUUUAAGACUUGACUCUUGUGAUAUUGAAACUUUGGGUGAUCUAUUCAAAUACAAGAAUCUAAACUUACUUCAUAUAUCCAGCUGUCCUGAACUUUUUGACCUAAUUAAUACCCUGUACCCCGAUUCGUUGGAAACUUUGAAUUUCAUCAGCAAUUUCCAUCCUCAAAGAAUAAAGGAGGUAUCACAAGAAGAUCGAUUUAGUUCCUCGUACUUUUCAGAAUUCUGGGAGCUGCGGAUUUGUGUUGGUGCUGAGUUUCGGUUCCCUCCAAAUUUGAAGAAUUUGAAGAUUUGCGAUACUAUGCAGAACCUAGAAGUGGAAAAUAUUGAAGUUCUGAGGACACUCAAUUGUUUGGAAUUAGAUGGGCUUGCAUGUCUUAUGUUAAAACAAGUUGUAGUCAGUUUACCCAAAAAAAUGUCUGAAAUCAUCAUUUCAAAUUGCCUCGUUGUAGCUGAAGGUCAUGUUGCUUUUCCAGAGCUAGAACGGAUUAAAUUUACAAACAAUGACGUAAUACUUUUUCCACUCUACUUAAACUUGAAUCAAUUAAAAUCUUUGAAAGUGUUGGAUAUGUCAGACAAUUAUUCCUCAUGUUUAGAGCCAGGGCCAUACCGGUUUGAUCCAUUGGAUAUUUUAACAGAUUUAGACGAAAAUGUAUGUUUUAAUUCACCUACUUUGCAAAACUUGGUAUUAAAAAGCUCAGUUUCAUUAAAACAUAGAUCAUAUUCAUCUCUUCAAGUUUCAUUUCAAUGUGAAAAUUUGACCAAAUUGAAAAUGAUAGGUUUAGAUAUCAAAUCAUUGGACCUUUAUCAGCUUCCCAAAUCAUUAGAGGAAUUGAUCAUCAAUGUUUUGGAAUUAAAAACCAUUCAAGGAAAUUUUUUUAGAUUAAAUAAUUUAAAAAAGUUGGAUUUAGAAAAUAAUCAAAUUACUUUUUCAAUUUUCAGUUCUCAACACUUCCCAUCAGGGUUAACACAUUUGAACCUAUCGAUUAAUAAAAUUGAAGAUUUAAGUUGUUUAGUUUUAGAUAAUUGUAUUCAUUUGAAAGAUUUAAAAUUAAAAGAAGUAACCUCAGAACGUACACCAGAAGGUGCGAUUCAAUUAAUGAAUUCAUUGCUUUAUGUUGAUCCUCAUAUUGAUGCAAUUUUAACAAAUUAUGAUUCAGAAGUUAUUUUUGAAAUUGUUAAUGGAGUUGAAAAAAUUUUAAUUUCAAAGUCUUUUAGUAAAAAAAGAAGAAUUCGUUAG